UAAUCGUGAGGAAUUAUUGGUUUUUGCGCUAAAAACUUCCUCAGAUUUAUAUUCCCCGAAUAGCGCUGUAUUUGGAGGGAAAUGUAUAUAGCUAAACGAUGAAAUGUGGUAACCCAAGGAUGGAUGAAUUGGCUAAAAAGUCGAGUUACGAAUUCAUCCAUGAAACUGCUUAAACCUCAAUGGAUUAGAACUACGACAGUACAACAUAUCCGAGAAGUGUCUCUUAGGGCAAAGGUGAAGAAAAUUGAUCCAUGGCAACUAUACGAACCAAUGAUUAAGAAUACCAAAAUUUAUCCCGAAUAUCCGACGCUCAAUCUUCAGUUAGAUUCAAUGGAUUUUGUACCACUUGAAAAGUUUCACAGUUACGCUCACAAAAAGGCACGCCAAUUUGAAUUCAAAGUGAUCGAUAGCUACGCGAUUCCUCCUACGAAAGUUAUCCUGAUGCCAGAGAAACCCGACAAAGGGAAACAAGAAAAAGAGAUAGUACUAUCAACGUAUCAUCGGUUUCUGAGAUUAAGCGAGGUACCAUGUGUUCGUCUCUCACUGUAUCUUCAUCUUAUACAGGCUCAUGCACCUAUUGGUAUUGCGAUAACAAUCAAGAAACAGGAACAAGCGGAUGAGGAUAUAAGGUACAUACCGGAUGAGAUUCUGGAAGCUCGGAAAACAGAGUUGCUUAGUCUGGAUGACCCAAAAACGAGGAAACUUCUCGGCUGGGAGUGAUUAAUUAUUAUUAGGCGUAAAAGUUAAAAGCUGUUUUUCGGAAAAUAUAUGAAUAAUGUGGGGCAUGAGAUACAGCAUCAAUUGUAAUUUUGAACUAAAUUAUGACCUUUUUGCAUAACAUUUUAUCUAGUCCUUUAUCAUUACUAUAUGAUCUGUGUCCUCAAGAGAAGUGCC